AUGAGUAUGCUCAGGCUUCAGAAGAGGCUGGCCUCCAGCGUCCUCCGCUGUGGCAAAAAGAAGGUCUGGUUGGACCCCAAUGAGACCAACGAAAUCGCCAAUGCCAACUCCCGGCAGCAGAUUCGGAAGCUGAUCAAAGAUGGGCUGAUCAUCCGCAAGCCUGUGACUGUCCACUCCCGGGCUCGAUGCCGGAAAAACACCUUGGCCCGCAGGAAGGGCCGGCAUAUGGGCAUCGGUAAGCGAAAGGGUACUGCCAAUGCUCGAAUGCCUGAGAAAGUAACCUGGAUGAGGAGGAUGAGAAUUCUUCGCCGGCUACUCAGAAGAUACCGGGAAUCGAAGAAGAUUGACCGCCACAUGUACCACAGCCUGUACCUCAAGGUGAAGGGUAACGUGUUCAAAAACAAGCGGAUUCUCAUGGAACACAUCCACAAGCUGAAGGCAGACAAGGCUCGCAAGAAGCUUCUGGCUGACCAGGCCGAGGCCCGCAGGUCUAAGACCAAGGAGGCCCGCAAGCGCCGGGAAGAGCGGCUCCAGGCCAAGAAGGAGGAGAUCAUCAAGACUCUGUCCAAGGAGGAAGAGACCAAGAAGUAA